AUGAGGAACUUGGCUUCAUGUCUCAGCGAACAUGCUGUCAGGAUCUCAGAUUCUUCAUGUUCUGGCGCUGGCAACAACAAAAACAUCUCCUUGGCCAUAUUUGACCGUAAUUCCUUCCAGAACUCGGUCACAUGUCUCUAUAAAACGAGGCUAAUUUCCACUGCCAAGGAGCUCUUCUUCAAACUCACUUGGUCCAAGACCAACACCGGACCAUCUCUCUCCGUCUCCAUUGAUGACAACACCCAAGUCUUGAGGGAAAUGGAAGGGAAGCAAUCAUAUAAACAUGGAGGCUUGGUGAUCUCCAUACACUGGGAUUUCUCUUCAGCCAGAUAUACAUGCUACGCCCCUGACCCAGUGGACAACAACUUCUACGUCAUAGUCAUGGCUGACUCUGAGUUUGCUCUGUUGCUCGGAGAUUUGAGCACAGACUACGUCAAGAUGUUUGAAAACACUUGUAGUAGAGACAAUGGGAAGGUUCAUGAGAUCAUGAUAAAGUGCAAAGGGGACUCAUGGGACGUGAAGAACUCGGGGUUGUCAGUGUGGGUGGACAAGAAGAAGGUGGUGCAUGAACAGAGAUUGUACUGGAACUUCAGAGGCAAUCAGGUUAUGUUCGUUGAUGGUUUGCCUGUGGAUUUCAUGUGGGAUUUCCAUGAUUGGUGGUUUGGAGGUCCUUCUGGAUGUGCUGUCUUUGUGUUUAGGACCAGGAGUCCACUGGAGAGCAGGCCAUGGCUCGAAGAGGAUGAGUUGCAAAAGGAACAGAGCUUCUCCGGGUUCUCUCUUUUGAUCCAAGCCUUAAAAAGUCCAUAA